GUACUGUCUGCAGGUGAUGCAGCACGAAUGCAAGUGCGCGAGUGGCACCAACCGGUUAACCGAUAUCGAAAACACGGUCGUCAGACAAAACAAACCACGUCCUUUGCCAUGCGCAACAGGUCGCGGUUUUUUUUUCGUUUCGCGUUGUUUACUAUGUUUUGCGACGGGACAUAAUGAAUUGUUACUGUGAUAGUAGGCUGUAAAAGUGAUUAUUUUAGCGUAAUUUGAGCCGCAAAACUUUUAAGGUAUAAAAUUUAACUGCACAGACGCACCUGCUUAAAACAAAACCCAGAACUGGUAAACGAUAACAAACGGUUUGCAGGACGCAGGUGGCGUGGAGGUGUACGCGCCGGGAAACCUUUCAUGAACCGCAAACGGUGACUAAUUGAGGUAAACGGGGGAGACCAUAAUAGUAGUCACGUAUGAACCGGCAGAUUCCGCGCAAUACCUUCAACGAGGGACGCCAAUGAAUAUAGUUACGGAGCUUGCUAGCGAACCGAACUUUCAAUUGACAAAAGGCAUAACCGACAAAAUUAAAUUAAAAAUUCAUGGUGGAAAGUACGCAAGGCUGUCUACCCGCAGAUCGACUCCAAGUGUUUAUUGAAAACAAUGCGUAAGGUACCAACCACAGGAAGAGAGUGUGUCUGCAGGAGCGAUGAGAACGCUAUGAUUCAGUCAACAAGUGUCAUACUGAUUUGUAUUUGGAUGACCAAAUUCAAAAAAGACUUGACAUAAAAGUGCUUGGAAGUUAAGCAGUAAAAUCUACAGCUUAGCAGGGGCUGCAGCAGUAAGAAGUUUCGUGACAUGAAGGCACAAUAGCAGUGCAUAAUACGGCGACAGGCCAGUUAUAAUGCAGCGUGAUUAAUUGAAAAGUUCUUAACGAAGUAAGUCCGUGAGUUCAGUGCAAUUUAUAAAAGAACGGAUCUACCGACUAGCGGGCACGAAUGGAAAAAAAAGUUUUGAUCUAAGGGAUCUUGACAGUUCAUCUGAUGCUGGUCGGACAAAUGUGCAGCUGCAACAAAGAAGCGACAGGACAGUAGUCAAUAAAUCAAGUAAAAUAUUUUAAAUUUUUGCACAAUGACGACUACUGAGGCAACGAGCAACCUUCUUUUGCCUGACCGACUGAGUGCCCCGACGCUAACACGGCGGAAGUUUAGUUUCCCAGCUAGUUUACAUUCCACAGUGCUGCUAGGAGAUCCCCUAAAUUCCGGCCCUUUACAUACUACGAGUACCGCCUCGGCAGCACGACGAAGACUAAGUAACGUUAGUGAUGUAGUCACGCGUAAACUCUCCAGUACCAUCGGGUGGAAGCAACCAGUGGUCCCGUCACAGGAUAUAAUAACCCAGGGGAAGUGCCUAUGUGGUCAGUACAUUCGCUGCAGGCUGAAAAAGUCCGGUGUGUUCAACCGGAAAUUAGGAUUACAACGAAUUAGGAGUAUCGUUGGAACGCCCUCGAUACACGUUGUUCGUGAGGUAUUUCCUGCGCUGUUGAGUGUAAGCGAUGAGCUAGAGCGAAUGUAUCCACGAGUUUACAACGGAGUAGCUCGACAGCUUACGCGGAUUGGUCGCGGUGAACUGAAAACUCCGGAAACUGCGCCGGUACUGCUCAGUGCAAUAGCGAGAGACUUGUUCAAGAGCGACAUCACUUGGGGAAAAAUAGUUUCCCUUUUUGCUAUCGCCGGCGGCCUAUCGGUGGACUGUGUCCGCCAGGGACAUCCCGACUAUCUGCCCAAGCUGAUCGAAGGGGUGGUGGACGUGAUUGAAGACGAGCUGGUCGUCUGGAUUUCCGAAAAUGGUGGUUGGGUUGGCCUGGCUAACAAGGUGCGACCACCACCGGAGGAAAUCACUUUCGCUGGACGAUGCUUCGUUGGCGCUAGUUUAGUUGUUUUUUUAUUUGUACUAGUUUAUUUGUUAAAAACACUAAGUUUGUAUUUAUUUCCAAAUAUAUUUACGUAGCGGAGCUCAGCUGACUAUUUUAC